GAGUCUGGCACUUAUGAAAGGUUGGCCGAUGCAAAUGGUCGUGCUAUCAGUGGCCUCCAGCCGAAGAUCACCACCUGGAAUACCGGAGACCAUGGAAACAGUUCGUCAGAUUCAAUGGCACCGAUUCGGAAUAUCAUGCAGGGCCUCCCUCCUAUCUUGAGCACAAUCCAUGAACAGACCGGGAUAGCGCCACCAUCAUGGUUUGCUGAAAUGCCCAAGACCAAGGAUGUGAACGGCAAACCCCAGGAAUAA